GUUGAGAAUUUUAUGGUAGUGCACUAGCUCUCUAUGUCUGCUUGAUCCAUUAAUUAAUUUCAAUCAGUAUUUCAAUCCAUCAGACAAAAGUGCUGCAGCAAUGCAUCAGUUCAUUUCUAUGAUGUUUUCACUGCUAGUCAUUAUUGGGCUGCAGGUGAGCGUUCAGGCCGGAGAAAGACGUCCCGAGCGAAGCUCUAGCAGACAUUACAUAUCAGAGCUGGCUGUGCGGAAUGGAGGGAGAUGGGGGUCGUGGGGUCGCAGGGAAAUGUGUCCAACUGGAACGUACGCCGCAGGGUUCAGUCUAAAGGUGGAAUAUCCUGUUGGUCAUCGGGAUGAUACUGCACUUAAUGGGAUUCGCCUUCACUGCGUUAAAAAGAAUAGUAAAGGUUUACCACACUCGUAUCACAACUACGCCUCAGUUCGGUCAGAUGUAGGCAGCUGGGGUCGGUGGACAGAUAUCAAAUGGUGUCCUUCUGGAUUCUUGACUGCUUUUCAGCUGAGAGUUGAACGCCCUCAAGGAAAGGGUGACGACACGGCCGCAAACAACAUCGGGUUCAAAUGCAAUCGAGGGUCUGUCCUGUUGGGUGACGGCACACACUGGGGUAACUGGGGCGACUGGAGUCAAACAUGUGAUGGAAAAGGGAUCUGUGGUAUCAAGACACGCGUAGAAGAGCCUCAAGGACGAGGAGACGACACCGCUCUCAAUGACGUGCGCAUGUUCUGCUGCACUUAAGGUGUUAGAGGACGACAUCAAGAACAGCAAGAAGAUCAGGUGGAUCAUAAUAAUUGAUCAGCAAACUUUUAUGAGUUCACAUGAACCAUGUCAUACAACAGCUAGUCAAAAAAAUACAAAAAUAAAGCAGAGGCCGACUGUACAUCAUCUCA